CGGAGCUAAGCAAGGACGCCAUGGUUCCUAUCCCCACUGGGAAAGCCACGGGAUAACGGCCUUCGCCUCGCCCAGGCCCCGCCCCCUCCUCGCGCUAUGGAGACGUCUUCGCCGUCGCCGCAGCCGGAGACUGAGCUGAAGCAAGCAGACCUUCAUCUCAGACAUGUAGAAAAAGAUGUUUUGAUUCCCAAAAUUAUGAGAGACAAGGCCAGGGAGAGGUGCUCUGAUCAAGUGCAAGACUUCACCAAAUGCUGCAAAGACUCUGGCUUUCUUAUGGUGGUAAAAUGUCGGAAAGAAAAUUCAGCAUUAAAGGAAUGCCUAAUUGCUCACUAUAAAAACCCAGAUUUUUAUGAAGAAUGCAAAAUGGAAUAUUUGAAAGAAAGAGAAGAAUUCAGAAAAACUGGAAUUCCUUCUAAGAACAGGUUGCAGAAGCUUCCUACCAACUUUUAGCAAAAUAGUUAAUUAUGAAUAAUUUUUGCUCUAAUUCUAAUGGCAAGAGCAUGAGGCACAAGAAGCCUAAUUAUCUUUGGUUUGCCCUUUAAUAUCAUGGAAAUAUUUUUGUUGUUUCAAAUAAAUAUCUUUUAUUAAAUUUCUA